UGCCAGCAUACAACGUGUCAAUCUACUUCGUGGAGGGCACGGUGCUGGAUGUACUCCAGACUGGCAAGACAGCCCUGGUGAAGUGCAUCGCCCAUGGCGCGUAUCCGCAGCCCGACCUGGCGUGGUGGAUGGACCGCAAGCACCUCACGCAGCAUAGCAAUCAGAGCUGGAGCAACUCCUCCCGGAUUUCGGUCUCGUUCCUGGAGCUGACCCCGACGGUGGUGGACAACGGCGCGACCCUCGCAUGCGUCGCCACCAACCCCGCCAUGGCGCCUAGCAGGGGGUCCAAAGCUGACGUCAUCACGCUCAACGUCACUUAUAGCCCUAUAGUAGAAAUAUCGAGAGUGGACGACGGCUCUUUGACUGAAAUGGUUGAGCUGGACACCCUGAGCCUGAAGUGCGAAGUGAAGGCCAACCCACCUGUAGACAAGUUUAAGUGGUAUUUUAAUGAUAGUCUAAUUAGAUCUGGAGGCAUCUGGGGGGACAGCGUGACGUCUUCCAGCCUUCAAAUAGAAGAAACUACACGCAGACACGCUGGGAGGUACUCCUGCGCAGCGAGCAACGCCGUGGGCGAAACUAGAGCGGACCCCGUCAAUAUUACCGUGCAUUACCCUCCAGAAUGCGCGGAGCGUGGCGUCGUGCUUGUGAAAGAGACAAUAAGAUGCAACGCUCGUGGUUUACCUACCCCCGACACGUACUUCUGGCACGUGCAGCCGGCUAACUCAGACGUCCAGCACCUCACUACCGGCUCCCACCUGCUAACCCUGGCUCAGAUCACUGGGCCUCUUGUUGGCACUCUAAAAGUGACCUGUGAGGCCAGCAACGGCAUCGCGUCGCAGUACCAGCCGUGCGUCAAAACGUUCAGCUUGGACCAGCUGAGGCCUCCACAGCCGAAGCAGUGCGACUUGGCUUACGAGCACGGGGAGUUCCAGAUGAGAUGCAUACCAGUGGAAAACGCGACCUACUACGAGGUAUCCGUAUGGCGGAUGUCUCCCUCAAACUCCUCCUUGUACCUCGAACACAGGGGCUCGAUGGGCUUCGGGGCCCGUCAGGCCCAAGCCCACGGGGGUGGCGUGUGGCUGGUGAGAGGAAGCCUGAGGAUGCUGAGGCCUACAGACGAGGCUGGGGCUGCAGCGUGCAACAGAUAUGGAUGCUCGGACCCGCUGUUGCUGAGGCCUACGGAGAAUUUGCUGCAUGCGGCCUCACCGCCUUGGUGGCACUUUGUAAUGGACAAAGACGUGGGAAUCUCCGUUGGCGCCGUGGUCCUGGUGGCCGUGUUCAUAAUCUCCACAGCCCUGGUCAUCCGCCUGGCUCGGAGACCUCGGCUGAAGACCCCCACCCCGGUCAUACAGGUGUUACAACUGGAUGACGUCACGCAGUACAUUGAUACGAUUGCUGAAAACAAGCGAGCUUCCUGCAGUCUUCGCUCAAUUCGCUCGUGCAGCAGUGGCUACUCCGAUGGUUCCGCGCCCGAAGAACCAGUGGCGCCGCCUAUCGACCGUCGGCGGAAACCCGUCGCAGUCUGGGAACACUGGGACGCACCACCCCCUGACGUCACGCUCACUUUGCAUAGAGAGAGCGCUGUGUAGUGCAUAAUCGUUUCGGUAGAUGGCGUUAAAUUGGGGUUUUCUAGCUGUCAAAACGCGGACCAUUUUGUAUGGCAAUGAGAACUAUGACGUCAUCAGCUAGGAAAAUUCUAAUUUUAUAGCCAAAUGAAGAGAAUAGCAGUGGUUAAAGCAGUUGUGUCUUGGAAUCAUUGGUUAUUGGUGUCAACUACCCAAUUGUCACUAACUUGAUAGCGCUGCAAGCGAGUUCAGAGUUGUCGCGCUUACUUUAUACAGGGUGAGCGCUGUAUUGUGUAUGAAAACUAUAUUGAUGUGAAUAGAUGGCGCCACAGGCAAGACGAAAUUUUCCGAAGCUGCUGGCUGGGUCCGCUAUUGCCAAAUCUGUCACUGCUGGAUGUGCUUUUGGACAGACUUGAAUCAAGUUCGAGUUAAUCGACUUAUUACAGUUUUUUUAUACAAUGCAGCAAUAAUCAAAUUAAUUAAUUGUUACGUCUGAACCCAUACCUAUAGUCAUCAUUAAUUCGAAUAAAAUAUUUUUCAAAUAGAGGACGUCCGUUGUGGCUAAGAAAAAGCUUUAUUUCCCAGAAAUAGAAUAAAAAAUCUAUCAAUAAAAUAGACAUCGAAGAGUUUUUCAAUAAAAUUUUGUAAAUAGCCAUAUUAAUAUAAUCUGAAUUUCGAAUAAUAGUCAAAUUAUCUGUUAAUUAUACAAAAGAUUCUGUCCUUGUUGUUAUUAAAAACGAAAUUAUAUUAAUUGAUUCCUGUCCUGUCAUAUUUAAGAGCAUUAUAAUGUGUGUGACACGAAAGCCAACUAUAAGCGACUUUCAAUGGUUAAAAUAAAUAAAAUGUUUAUUAUUAUACAAUGUCAUAGUUUAUUGAUAA